AUGAGCAAGAGGAGGAGGAACACAAGGAUGAAGCUGGAGCAGUCCUUGCCUCUCCUGGCACUGCUGCUGUGUGCGGCUGGCACUGCAGCUCAGGAGGAUGAAGACGAAGCACCAAAGGAAUUCCUGGUGGAGAUUUCUGGAACCACAGUGACAAUCACAUGUCCCUCGACUGACAACAAUAUAGAGUGGAAGUUAAGUGGGACAAAAAAAGAAAGCAAGGAGAGGAAAUAUGUUAUAGAGAAUCACGACAGCACUCCUGCCACCGUGACGUGUCUGUCAGAUUCUGGGAACUAUGAAAUGUACCUGAAUGCCAAAGUGUGUGCGAACUGCGAGGAGCUGGACGCCUUGGCAGUGACAGGGAUCAUCACUGCAGAUCUUCUCAUCACCCUCGGGGUGCUGAUUCUGGUGUAUUACUUCAGCAAAAACAGGAAGGGGGGAGCGAGCGCUAGCGCCGGCAGUCGGCCACGAGGUCAGAAGAUGCAGCGUCCUCCUCCUGUUCCAAACCCAGACUAUGAGCCCAUCCGGAAAGGCCAGCGGGAAGUGUAUGCAGGCCUGGAAUCCAGGGGCUUCUGA